AGUUGGAGGCGGUUAGUGGCUGGAUAAAAGGAGCAAAUGUCUCUUGUUCUGCUUACACACACAAACACACUCGCCACGUGUGUGUUCUGUGUUCUGUCUGUCUGUCUCUACAGGCUGAAGACGAGAGGAUCCACCUGAGAGUUGGCAGCAUGGACGCAGCGGAGUUCCGACGCAGAGGUAGGGAGAUGGUGGACUAUGUGGCCGAUUACCUGGAGAGCAUCGAGCAGCGGCCGGUCUACCCAGAUGUGGAACCCGGCUACCUGCGGUCCCUGAUCCCCACCGAGGCCCCGCUGGAGCCCGAGAGCUAUGAGGAGGUCAUGAAAGACGUGGAGAGGGUCAUAAUGCCGGGGAUCACCCACUGGCACAGCCCGCGCUUCUUUGCCUACUUCCCGGCUGCGUCCUCGUACCCCGCCAUGCUGGCGGACAUGCUGUGCGGGGCCCUGGGCUGCAUCGGGUUCUCCUGGGCUGCCAGCCCAGCCUGCACGGAGCUGGAGACGGUGAUGCUGGACUGGCUCGGGAAGAUGCUGCAGCUUCCUGAGGGAUUCCUGGCCGGGACCGACGGCCACGGAGGAGGAGUCAUUCAGGGAACGGCCAGCGAGGCCACACUCAUGUCGCUGCUCGCCGCUCGCUGCAAAGCACUCCGACACUUCGAGUCCAUCAACCCCAAGAAGUCGGAGGCUGAAAUCCUCAGCCAGCUGGUGGCGUACACCUCUGAGCAUGCCCACUGCUCGGUGGAGCGAGCUGCUCUGAUCGGAGGAGUGAAGAUGAAGAAGGUUCCUACGGACCAGACGUUUGCCGUCAGGGGGGAGAUGCUGCAGGCGAUGGUGGAGAAGGAUAAGGAAGCCGGACUGAUCCCUUUCUAUUUCUGUGCGACGCUUGGCACCACUUCGUCCUGUGCGUUUGAUCACAUCGCCGAGCUGGGACCCAUCUGUAAUAAGGAAAACAUGUGGAUGCACAUCGACGCAGCGUACGCUGGGAGCGCGUUCAUCUGCCCCGAGUUCAGACCUUUGCUCAACGGCAUCGAGUUUGCCGACUCCUUCAACUUCAACCCACACAAAUGGAUGCUAGUCAACUUCGACUGCUCUGCAAUGUGGGUGAAGAAGCGAACGGACAUCAUCGGAGCUUUCAAGGUGGAACCGCUCUACCUCAAACACGAAAACCAGGAGUCAGGGCUGGUCACAGAUUAUAGGCAUUGGCAGAUCCCACUGGGGCGCCGCUUUCGCUCGCUCAAGAUGUGGUUCGUCUUCCGUAUGUACGGGCUCAAAGGUCUGCAGGCUCACGUACGCAAGCAAGUGGCCCUGGCUAAAGAGUUUGAGAGUCUGGUGCGAGCAGAUAAACGGUUUGAGAUCUGUGCUGAGGUCAUUAUGGGACUGGUCUGCUUCAGGCUUAAGGGGUCCAAUGAGCUGAACCAGAAGUUGCUGAAGAAACUCACCAAGAGCCGUGAGAUCCACCUGGUGCCCUGUCAGCUCUCGGGCCGCUUUGUGCUGCGCUUUGCCGUAUGCGCACGCACCACGGAGUCGCGUCACAUCCAGCACGCGUGGCGGCACAUCACGCAGUUGACCUUUGAGCUGCUGCAGGAGCCUGGCCACUGACCAAACGCAUGACCGCACCAGCGCCUGAGCGAGAACCAAAGUUGAGACAGAACAUUAUGUUGCAGAUGUAAAAUGUCAAAAAGGGAAUGAACAAUCGUUUCACAGUUUGUGUAGUGAUCAAGUGUGUGCGUGUCCGUCGGCAGUCAGUGCUCAUUAAUUGGCUGCUUUUGUGAUUUCGGAGCUCAGUGCGAAUGAAGGAAAUGAAAAAAGAGUAAUAUUUCCCACCUGCCUUUGCUUUUACAUGCCGCUGUUUGUGAACUAUUGUCCUCGUCGUGCUCGUCUCCCUCUGCAGCCUUGUCCCUAGUGUUUGUGCCACGCUUCAGUCCUCUAUGUAAGAACUACACGUGAUUGAAUUAUAGUCUGUCAUUUUCUGUGGGUGCUCAUGUAAAAACUACAUCCUGUGCUUAGUUUUAUAUGGAGCAUUGCAAAGAUGAGAAUUAUUUUAUUUAAAGGUGUACAGAGAUGAAGACGAUUUCAGAUGAAAUAAUUUAUCAAACAUUAUAUGGAGGCCUUCUUGUGAUACACUCCUGUUAUAAGUGCAUUAAUUCCUUUUCAAAGUAUUUUAUUAAGAGAAAAAAUAUAAGGUUACAAUAAAAUAGCCACCGAAGGGGUUAUCAUUUAUUACAGUAUCUUAACAGAUUUCUAAUAAUCACAAAGCUCAGUGGGCAUCUGUUUCCCAAAUAUUCAGCACAGCAUGAGUGGAUGGUAAUGAAGUUGUGCUUCUGGCUUUAUGUCAAACCACUACUUGCUUCCUCCGUUAUCUGAUUUCCAAUAACCAGAUUUUCAAGGAUUUUGUGUGACAGUGAUUUAUCACAUUUCUUUUUAUUUUGCAGUACAGUGCAGAGACAGAAUUGAAUGAGCAAAACUGGAAAGAAAAUCAUGCGUUUAUGUUCAAUGUUCAAUCUGAAAACUGUUAAAGACUGAUCUAAGGUUUGUCAAUAACAUAAUAUGUCACUCUGGUCACCGAUCCCUCACAUUUGUCUGUACAGUAAGUGAGUGGCGUCCAGCCCUGUUAAUGAUCAUCAUCUUUGGUUUGACUGCGUGCUGUGUGUCUGCUCUGGGUUUAUUUGAAUAAAGUUGUAGUCUGCUUGGUGACUUA